AUGACUUUAACACCGCCUCCCGAAAAAUUUUUUGCAACAAUUAAUGAUAUUCCUGAUGAAACGACAGCAACAAUUAAUGAGCUUCUUAAUGAUAUUGAUGCACGUCAAUUCUUUAAUACUGUAGUUACUACAUUAAAUAAAUAUAGUAUAGGUUCGAAUAAUUAUCGUAUUGUACCUUCGGUAUCAGCGUCUUCUUAUUAUGCAUUGCAAAAUCAUGGUUACAUACUUCCUAAAAGCUCUUUAGAUAUCAAAAUUAAGUUUGGAGGUAAAAUGAAAAAGUACAAAAUAAUGUUUGAUGACAAGAAAAAAAAUGAAAAAAUAACUCAAGAUAAGGAAGAUGAUCCGAUUGCAAAAACUAUUAUGUACGAUAUCGAAGGUCUACCUGUACUUGCAGAACUAUUAGCUAAUGCCGUCAUGCUAACUGAUGAUACAGUCAAGCAACGAUUAACUUGGUCGCAAGAAGCACAGCAUGCUGUAUCAAAUAUUUAUGGUGUGCAAUUAGAGGAUUAUUCGUUUGGUGGAGAAUUCAAUCCAGAUCAAAAGAGUGAUAUGCAUAAUAAAAUAGUAACGGUUAUGAAUGGUUUAAAUCAGGAAACAAUCGAAGAAAUAAAUAAUAUAGCAAAUCAUAUGAUACAAAAUGAAAUGGAAAUACUAAAUAUCCAAGCGGUUAAUGAUUUCUGGCAAGAUGUAGAGAAAUUAAAUAGGCGAAAUAAGAUCAACAAUUCAAAGGAAAAAUAUCUUGAUCAUCUCGAAGAAUCUACCUAUGAAGUAUUAGAUGAUACUAGAUCAUAUGUUGUUGCAGAUGUUAAAGCAGAAACUGGAAAGCGCAAGUCUGCCAGAAGUGAGAUCCCAACUCGUUACGAUCGAAAUAAAUCAAGUGAAGGUCAGAAUAUUGUCAUUGAAUCUGGUCAUGAUGAACAAAAACAAACAAAGCGAGUUCGCUUUCAUGAAGAGAAGCCUCCAUCCAAAAAGAAAUCUAAAUCAGGCAAAAGAGGUAAUACGUUACCUGACGGUGUGAAGAUUACGAAGCUACCACCUAUAAAUUAUGCUGAAGGUGAUGAAACCGAUGAUGGGAUUCCUUCGAAUGAAGCUAAUGACUAUAGCGACGAUGAUAAAGAGGCUUUACCUCCAGAAGACUCUCUUUAUUUUGUCCUUUCAAGCUCAAAAGUUUGGACUUUGCCUUCGGGAAAGAACGUCGGUGAUAUCUAUACUGAAAAAAUAUCUGAAAACGCACACACAGUAAAAAAUAAGAAAAGACUUACGGCAAUCAAAAAGGCUAUAUUGCGAUACGGCUCCUUGAGGAUAAUUGAUUUAUCCACUCACAUGAAAAAGUGGUUUUGCGAAAAUGACAAAAAGUUUAUUAAGAAAGACUAUGAAUCUAUGUUGCGAGUUCUCAAAAUGACAGGCAAGGAGAGUUCAUUUGUUCUAAAAGUCGAGGAUAUAUGA